AUGGCACGUAUUCUUCUUUCCACCAAUUAUCCUAAUUUAUAUGGACUUGGUUUACAUAAUCUUGAACAAAAAAUGACAGAACAUCUCUUUUCUGAAUUGCGUGUCAGUUUGGAGAAUUUCAUUGAUUGUCUUUAUUCACGUGAUGGACGUUUCAAUCUACUUCGUACAUUUCAUGUUAAUAUUAAUAAAAUUACUCGUUCACAGUUAAUCGAAAAUAAAGGAAAACUCCUUAAUUUAAGAUGCUUUGUGCUAUACUGUGAUCUGUUUCGAAAUGCAUAUGAUGAAUCAAUUGUGCCGCUUCUAGAUCGAAUGUUAAAUUUAGAAGAACUCAGUUUGACUUUUGAAAUCGUUGGUAGAAACAAAUUUAUUGAUGGAAACAAUUUGAAGGACAUUAUUGAUCAUAUGGUACAAUUAAAGAAAUUUGCAUUUAAUAUUCAUUCAAGCAUUGAUCUUAAAGAUCAAAUUGAUCUGCCGUCAAAUGAAAAUAUUCAAAGCACAUUCAGAAAUUUUUUCAAUGGCAAGAGUGGAUUAUUUGAAUGCGUCUGUGCAGUAUCAUUGUUUGAUGAACGACCUUUUGCACAUGCAUUUUUUCUUCGUAUUGCUCAGUCAUUUCCAUUGAUGAAAAAAUUAAAAUUAGUUAAUCUAAAACCGCAAAACAAUAAACAAUGUAGAAAACCAGAGCAUGAUGAUCGAGAUUGCUCAAUUGUUAAAUAUCCUCAUCUUAAUAAUCUCGAUUUAUUUGAAGUUCAUGCUAAUUAUAUUGAACAAUUUUUAAUGGAUACUAAAACAUGUUUGCCAUACCGCGUGGUACUUGUUACCAAUCAUCAACUACUCGAAAACGUUACACACAAUUUUAAAAGCGAUACAACGCGGAUUAAUUGUUCAAAAAUAUAUUAUUUGUAUAGUGACACUGUUUGUUCACUUCCAGAACAUGUCAAAGAUUAUUUUUUUAAUACUGGUCCAAUUAUGAGGUGA